GUCGGAAACGGCGUCUGUGAGGACUUGCAACAAUGUACCGUCAAAACUGCCCGAUGCCAGAGGCCACGAUAUAAAGUGUUCACAGUUUUUAGUUUCUUUAUAGCGCACUGCCCACAGACGGACAGGUCGCUUUGAACUGCAAGAUUGUCACUUGGCCCCCUCCAGGUUGCACUAAAACGACCGCACGCGCAGUUUGAGUCCGAUCUGAUAUCUUGGAUUUUGACACGGCUGCUUAUGCCAUCAACCAUGGGAGGCGCGCGGCCAUGGCGAGGCUCUGCCUCACACACUGUGUGCAUCAGCAUUGCUGUCGUCGCCGCGCUCGCGGCGUUAGCGCCGCUCGCCAUCGCUGACAACGAGCCGCCGUCAACACACGUUGAGCCAGAACCACCAAGCAAAUCAAGGCCGCCGCACCGGCCAGCUUUGAUCGCCGCCAACGAUGACCUGACCCCCAUCGACUUCCCGCCCCCCGACUUCCAUUUCGGUGACUAUAACUCGCCACCGCCCAUCGAGAGCGACAAUCCACCCUACAUCCCCCCGCCGCCAGUUGCGUCGCCGCCGCCGCCCGGAACGCGUGUUCCGCCUCGGCCGCCUAGCCCUCCUCGCAGUCCCUCGCCUCCUCCUCGGCCGCCCUCGCCGCCGCCUCAGCCGCCCUACCCAACCUACGGGCCGCUGCCCAUGCGCCUGGUGGGCGGCACAGACAACAGCUCGGGAGUGGUGGAGAUCUGGAACGAGAAAGAGCAGGACUGGGGCGCGCUAUGCUUUCCUGCGAAACUCUUUUCGGAAACGUACUACACCCAGGACUUCAUGUACAACCAAGACAGUGACGUCGCAAAGCUCAUCUGCCGCCAGCUCGGCCAACCGUACCUGGGCGCGUGGCUGCUGCACCCCGACGCCUUCCCCAGCGUGGCCACUGCCCGCCUCCGCGGCUGGGCGCUCAGCACCAACCCAGGCUACUCCUGCGGCAACGCCGCCACAGCCCUGUCGGUGCUCGACUGCGAUGACAUUGAGCUCCUGCGCAACAUGAGCGACAACUGCCAGAGCGCCGUGCUCACCAACGAGCCCGACGUCAAGCUGCGGAAUUAUGUGCCAACGGGAGUCGUGUGCACGGAUACGCCGCGGCGCCGCCCGCCGCUGCCUCCCUCACCGCCACCCGCUCCUCCCCCGGGGGUGCGCCCAGCAACCGACAUGUCCAUCCCCGCAGUCAACUACACGAUGCGGAUCGUGCACCUGCGUUCCGGCCUGACCACGUACCGCAACGGCAGUCGGGUCACACAGGGCCGACUGGAGGUCUUGCUGCCGCGUGUCGGGCCCAACGGCACCCGGGAGGGCGAGCCGGUGUGGGGCAGCGUCUGCCAAUCCGCGUUCGUGUCAGACGAAGUAGCCAAGUACGCGUGCCGCAGUAACGGCCUGCCGUACAAGGCCGCAACCCUUGUUUACGGCGUGCGCCCCAAGCAGCCCAGGCUGGACUCCCAGCCCGUGCACUGGGUGCUACUGCGCGGCUGCACCGACCGACCCGACGGCCUGGCUUGCGGCGCCACAAUGAGCCGCGACGAUGUUGCCGCAUUCCAAUCCGCCAACCGCGCCGCAGUACGGGCUGGCCUACCCAAGCAACCGUUGCCGUACGACGACCAGACCGGCUGGUAUACGGGCCUACCGUACGCGAUGGCGGCGUGCGACACGCAGCGCCACCAGGUGGACGUGUUCGUAAGGUGCACAGACAGCUACCCAUCCUACAGCCGCCCGCCGCCGCUGCCCUCACCGCCGCCUUCUCCGCCGUACCCGCCGGCCGUCAUCCGUAACGCGGUGCAGUUUAACGUGACCACCAUCGCUGACAACCUGUACUAUAUUAUGUUUGGAGUGCCGGUGCCGGGCGGGCAGCCCGGAGAGCUGGUGUGGGGCCACUUUUGCCCGCGCAACACCUUCCCUGGUGGCGAUGACCUGUACAUCGACCGCACCGCCGCCAAUGCCGUGUGCAACCAAAUCACCGGCGGAGCCAGGCCGUACGGCUACUACAACUUCCUGCAGAACGACAAGCCCUGGCCGCUGCUGCCGCCGCAAGACGAGCGACUGUCCCGACCCGUGGUCCUGGAGGCCAUUGAUUGCUCCAUGGUCCCGCCGCCCGCCAUUGCGUACGACGGCGGCCAUGUGCUGACUCAGACGGAGCUGCAGUACCCGCGUGUGGAGAACAUCAGUCUGUGUGAGGUCACGCUCGCGGCCUACCCGCCCGAACCUCUCCAGGACGGCGACUCCUGCUACUUCCGGGCCUGGGGCGCCCGCCGACUCAUCUCCUGCAUCGACUCGCCCUGGAUCGAGACGCCGUACAUGACGUCUGUGCGGCUGGCGGGCGGCGACGGCACAUGGGGCCGCCUGGAGAUUGUGAUGCAUCGCGAGAGCAGCGACUACCUGGGCUGGGGCACCGUGUGCGCCCCUGAGUUCACGAUCAAGCAGGCACAGGGCGUGUGCCGCGACCUGGGAUUGGGCUGGACAGAGGCCAGGCUGCUCCCCACCAGCGCCGCAGCGCCGCUGGAGAACGCUGACUCGGUGCCCAUCCACAUGGACGGAAUUGCGUGUUUCGCCAACCGCGUGUGGUGGGCCCGGCCCUGGUCGGAGGAGCGCGAGCAGCCGCCGUCCUUCCUACGCGACUGCCGGCCCGAUUGGCGCGGCAGCAUCAUCAAGACCUGCGACCACCGCACAGACGUGGUGAUCGCGUGUGGCGGCAGCGCCGAGGUCAUCCACGCGCCAGUGCCCGGCCCGCCGCCCGCCGCCACGCAGCCCACCAGCGCCCCGCCGCCCUACGGGGCAUACGGCGUCCAGCCGCCACCGCCAUACGGCGGCCCGUACGGCGGUUAUGGAUCCUACGCGCCGCCGCCGCCUGGCUACGGGGGUCCGUACGGCGGCGCCUAUGGCGGCUACGGCGCGUGAAGCCAUGUGUUGCCCAGUGAAUACAUACAGCUGAGGUGAUAAGACCGACCCAGCUAGCGUGUUAGAUACGUUAUGGGAUACUGGAAGAAAUGGUGAGGUAGUGUUACAUUGGAGACGGCGGUGUGCGCAUGGGCGCACGUUGUGAAAUUGGCUAUCUGUGGACGGUAAAGCUGUAGUGCGUGAGUCAUGUGUGAUGGGGGAGCACUUGGGUUGGGACCCGGGAGCGGCGGGCUUCACGGACGGGGUUGCACCGCAGCGUGAGGGUACGGACCGCGGCGAGAGAAGCCUCCGGAGCGCCUCCGGAGCACCGGACGAAUCAAUCCCGUGCCCGACUACCGCUACGUAGCUCCUCUUCUCCCAUCGCACUUUUUGUAACAGCGAUGGUGU